AUGGGCAUGGGUGCCGGGCUUCCGCGCCACCAGUGGCCACCGCACAAGCAUUUACACCCGCAGAUUGCCAGUGCUCGCGAAGGAUUAGCGCUUCUCCGCUAUGGUACGCUGGUCGAGGAGCUACGAGUACGGCUCUGCCGGUGCCACUGCGAAGACCGAGUUGUUUCGAUCGAGACCUGGACGCUCCUGUUCGUGGAGGAGCCCGACCGCUACUUCGGCAAUACGCCUUCACACGCGCGAGGUACGCUGGUCGAGGAGCUACGAGUACGGCUCUGCCGGUGCCACUGCGAAGACCGAGUUGUUUCGAUCGAGACCUGGACGCUCCUGUUCGUGGAGGAGCCCGACCGCUACUUCGGCAAUUCAGAAACAUAA